AGGACCCCACAUGUCACUGUUCCCCCGCAGGGCUUCCCACGGCACGACAUGGAGACCUGUGGUUGCGAGGCUCCCUGGGGUUCGGCUUGGACCGCGAUGGGGCUGGGCCCUGGCCUCCUAACGGGGCUGCCGUCUGGGGCUGUAGCUGGGGGGGCGCCCUCCCCCCUGCCCGCGACUCGGAGCACCCCCACCCCUCCCCUGCCGGGCCAGGCUGGGCGGCGUUGUUGGCGGGGGCCCCGGUGGAGGCCCGGCCCGGGCGGCGCCCGCCAUGAACGGGCUGUCGCUGAGUGAGCUCUGCUGCCUCUUCUGCUGCCCGCCCUGCCCCGGCCGCAUCGCUGCCAACCUCGCCUUCCUGCCGCCGGAGGCCACCUACUCCCUGGUGCCUGAGCCCGAACCGGGGCCUUGUGGGGCCGGGGCCGCCCCCUUGGGGACCCUGCGGGCCUCCUCGGGCGCACCCGGGCGCUGUAAGCUGCACCUGACGGAACACGCCGACUUCCAGUACAGCCAGCGCGAGCUGGACACCAUCGAGGUCUUCCCCACCAAGAGCGCCUGCGGCAACCGCGUCUCCUGCGUGUAUGUUCGCUGCGUGCCUGGCGCCAGGUACACGGUCCUCUUCUCGCACAGCAACGCCGUGGACUUGGGCCAGAUGAGCAGCUUCUACAUUGGCCUGGGCUCCCGCCUCCGCUGCAGCAUCUUCUCCUACGACUACUCCGGCUACGGUGCCAGCUCGGGCAGGCCUUCCGAGAGGAACCUCUAUGCCGACAUUGACACCGCCCGGCAGGCCCUGCGCACCGAGUACGGCAUCAGCCCGGACAGCAUCAUCCUGUACGGGCAGAGCAUCGGCACGGUGCCCACCGUGGACCUGGCCUCGCGCUACGAGUGUGCUGCGGUGGUGCUGCACUCGCCGCUCACGUCGGGCAUGCGCGUCGCCUUCCCCCACACCAAGAAGACCUACUGCUUCGACGCCUUCCCCAACAUCGAGAAGGUGUCCAAGAUCACGUCGCCCGUGCUCAUCAUCCACGGCACGGAGGACGAGGUGAUCGACUUCUCGCACGGGCUGGCGCUCUACGAGCGCUGCCCCAAGGCGGUGGAGCCGCUGUGGGUGGAGGGCGCCGGGCACAACGACAUCGAGCUCCACAGCCAGUACCUGGAGCGCCUGCGUCACUUCAUUUCCCAGGAGCUGCCCAGCCAGCGCGCCUAGCGGUGGCCCCAAGCGGCCGGACCUCAGCAAUAAGGCGGCCCCCGGACCUCGCCCCGCGCCGGCACCCCAGGGGCUGCAUGUGGACCCCCGGGCGGCCCAGGGGACCCCGCCCCGACCCAGGGGCUGUGGACCAUGUACAGGCAACAGAGCUGCUCACUCCUUUCCUUUUGGAAGCAAGAAGAAAUACGUGAAAACGGAAAUGAAAGAUUUAAAAUUAAAAAAAAAAGAAAGAAAAUAAAUCUCAGAGAUGUUAAAUAAUUUUCCAAAGGUGAUUUAAGUAGAUAUUGACAGAGCCUCUUUCUAAAAAGCUAGAAAAUCAAACAUCAUUUCCCAGGACUUCUAGGGAAAAGGGGGGACUUGAGAAGCUAGUUGCAUUUAUUCCCAUAUUUACUUCACAGACCAGCUCUUGGAUAUUGGCUUCAAAAAUUAUAAAAAUAAUAAAAAUAAAUGUUUUUUUGGAAAAAAUUAAAAAAAAAAAAAAAGAAAAGAAAUGUGCCUUGGUACAUGGCCUCUAAGUAUUUUAUCAGUUUGAAAAGCAAAAAGGGAUUGACUUUGCCACAGUAAAACUCUGGAAGUCCCUGCACAUAAUAAGCAUUCGGGAAGCCUCAGGGGUGAUGGUGGUAAAAUGAUAAUGUCCUGAUAGCUCUUCUAAGAGGCGUUUAUCCCUGCACUAGGGAUUCUUGAGACAUUCUAUGAUACUACCGUGCUGCACUCUUUCUUGUUUUCUAGUCUUGAAGUCUAAGUGGCAGAAUGACACUAGAUGAGCCAUUAGGUUAGAAAUUUAAAACGUUUGAAGCAACAUAAACAAGUGAGUUGUCAAACAGCCGAAAGUGAAGUUUUAACAGCCAAAAUGUGACAAAUAUAAACACAGGGUCAUCAAAGUGCAGGCAUUCUAGUAAUACAUAGAGGUUUGGAGAUUUGUACGUUUUUCUUCUUAUACUUUCAUUCAUUCAUUCAGCAAAUACC